UACUUGGUGUUCUGGAGUGUACUUAGAAAGGUCACAGUGUUGGAGAGACAGCUGGUGCAGUGAGAGUGUGUUUCUUUUUUCUCUUUUCUUUCAGUGUGUGAUGGAGUCUGGUUUUCUUGCCGUUAUUCUUGUCUCCUCUUUUGCAGUGAAUUCCUCUCACUCUGCCAUCACAGACUGGGAAGAUGUUGUUGUGGCGAGAGAGGGCAUGCCUACCACCUUGGUCUGCACUGAUACAGUCAGGGGUGCCGUGGCCAUUAACUGGAUGGUGAAGUCACUUGGUGCGGAUGAUUUGAAACUGGUUCUCUCAGCCAGCGAAACUAACGAGUUCUCGGGUGGUGCUUCGAGGGCAUCCAUGCAGUUGAGUGACCCUAACUUUCAAGACACAGGGGUUUUUUCUCUGUCCUUAGUUCCCACAAUGGAGGACAUUGGUCUCUACUCAUGCUUGAUUAAGCAACAAGAGAGGAAACUGAAGGAGAAGAUUAUCCUCUUAGCCAUCCUUACAGUGACGGUUGUCCCUGCUGCACCCAUUCCUCAGCAAAGCACCCUGCGGCUGAUUGCUUGUGUUAAUCCUCCCUCUGCCGUCAAAAAGAUCACCUGGGCAGCACCUGGCAGCAUUCCCAUAAAGAGCGAGAAGAAGCCAAACACAGGCACAGUGGCCAAACUGCCACAGGUCCAGAACAGUGACAAUGGGGCUUAUGUUUGUAUGGUUCACCCUUGGGGUAACAGCAGCAGCGCUCUUUUCCCCUUCAACGUGGAGGUGACUGUUGAUGCUGACAAUGUGGCCUCAUUCACCAAUAUAACACAUGAAAGCGAAGUCUCCACUGCCACUCAGGCUCAGACACCUUUCCUCAUGACCUGUCCUGGUGUCGUGGGAGACUUCGUCAGGCUGCACUGGCUACCUCCAGACAGGAAGAGGGCCACUGAUAUGAAGUUGGUGUACGAGUACGACCGCUGGAGGGAUUCCACCAUUUUAACAGCGCACAGCAAGAAACUCAUGCUUGCCGGCCCACCCUACAACGCAGAGGCUGGGAGCUUCGCCUUUCUGCUCACUCCUGGGUUGCAAGAUGGAGGCCUCUAUGUCUGUGACGUGUUCCAAAAUGACAACGCCUUCAGCAACAGGGUCACGCUGAGCGUGCUGAAAGUUAAAAUCAGCUAUUCCUCCUCAAAGCUGGAAUUGGGGUGCCUGUACUCAGAGCGGUCUCAGGUCCAAAGUGCUGUUUGGAAGUACCAGAAUAAGAGUCACCGGCUAGAGUUGUUUAGCAACCGCCCUGGCAGCAUUACCACCACUCUGGCCUUACCCAUCACCCCUGACACAGCUGGGAACUACACCUGCAUCCUACGGCUGAAAAAUGGCCGGACCGUCUGGGCAACGCAAGCUGUCACACUGCCCCAUGAAGCUGAGAAGGAUGUCAAGAUCGACACCCCCUCCCUGCUCCCUCCUCUCUCUGCUUUAUUACUCCUGGUGCCCCUGGUUGCUGCGGCUGUCUGUGUGUUGCUAUGGAGACAGAAACACAUUUCUGAUCGCGGUAUUGAGCAGUCCCUGUCUGUCCACUCGGGUGAAGCAGAGAACAUCUAUGAGAAUCCUGAGGAUGUCAGACAGGCUCCCCCCCAGGGCUCAGUCUACAUGGAUCUGAAGCCAAGAGGAGAGGAUGAUGUCUAUAAGGAACUCGAGCGAUACUAACAGUGUCAGAGCUGAUCACCUACCCACAUCUCAUCCUCAUCCAGCUGUCACAUCCGCUCAGUUCCCAGCUGCAGCAGAAGGCCUUUAUAAACAAAAGUAACAACUGAAUGUCAGAGUUGGGAUUUGAAGAAAAACUUCAAUGCUUCAGGGAGAUGCAGCUCAAUUGUUUGAAUGCUUUUUUUGUAUUCUAUGCUAUCCCUCUUUACAGGUACUUUAUUACUGAUUUGCUUUGUAGUGGAGAGGAUUCACACAAGAGUGUAAAAUGUAUCUCAAAUGUGUUAAGGUUAAUGUUAUAUUGUCUCUUAUGUACUUAAACAUUAGGUACUGUGCCAGUUGUCUUGUAUUUCUAUUGAUAUAUGUAUUUAAGUGUAGUAUUUCUAAAUAAAUAUGUUGUCUGU